CCAUGCAGACCCUUCAAAAGCAGAUCCAAAGCACUUCCAAAGCUGCCAUUAUGUAUAAUCCUUCCAUAAUUUUGUCGCUCUUCUUUGCCCUCAUACUCUGCUCCGGCCUGCCUCUCACGGAGGCGGCCGGCGGGAGGUGGCGGCUGCUGCAGAAAAGCGUCGGCAUUGCCGCCAUGCACAUGCAGCUACUUCGAAACGACCGCGUUGUGAUGUUCGAUCGCACCGAUUUUGGUCCUUCCAAUCUUUCUUUGCCAGGAGGAAAAUGCCUUAGAGACCCUAAAGCCGUCAUAAAAGUCGACUGUACGGCCCACUCAAUCGAGUAUAAUGUCAUCGCCAACACUUUCCGACCACUCAUGGUCCAAUCCGACGUUUGGUGUUCCUCCGGCUCUGUUUUCACCGACGGCACUCUCGUUCAAACUGGCGGCUUUAAUUCCGGCGAACGGAGGGUCAGAACGUUCGAGCCCUGUUCCACCUGCGACUGGAAGGAGAUUCAGUUGGGAUUAUUAGCCAGGCGGUGGUAUGCUACUAACCAUAUUCUCCCCGACGGCAGACAGAUCAUCAUCGGCGGCCGGAGACAGUUCAAUUACGAAUUCUACCCGAAAAGCACCGCAACUCAAAAAUUGUUCGAUUUGCCCUUCUUGGCUGAGACCAACGACAAUAAUAUCGAAAACAAUCUAUACCCAUUUGUUUUUCUUCAACCCGAUGGGAAUUUAUUCAUAUUUGCCAACAAUCGUGCGAUUUUAUUCGAUUACACCAAAAACAGAGUCGUCAAGACAUUUCCGGCAAUUCCCGACGGCGAGCCAAGGUGUUACCCGAGUACUGGCUCCGCCGUGAUGCUGCCGUUGAAAUUGGAUGCUAAAUCCAUCGAAGUUGAGGUAUUGGUGUGCGGCGGAGCUCCGAAAGGGUCUUAUACUAAGGCCAAUCGAGGGGUUUUCGUUGAGGCAUUGAAAACUUGUGCCAGAAUCAAAAUUACAGACCGGAAUCCCAAGUGGGUCGUGGAAACAAUGCCGCAACCCAGAGUGAUGGUUGAUAUGUUAUUGCUUCCAAACGGCAACGUUUUGCUCAUUAACGGAGGCUCCGCCGGUACCGCCGGGUGGGAACUCGGCCGUAAACCGGUUUUGAACCCGGUUCUGUACCACACAAACAACCCUCUCGGUCGGAGAUUCGAAUUGCAAAAUCCGACAAAGAUUCCCCGAAUGUACCACUCGACAGCGAUUCUACUCCGCGACGGUCGUGUUCUGGUUGGCGGCAGCAAUCCGAAUUCGUUAUACAAUUUCACCGGCGUGCUGUUUCCAACUGAAUUAAGCUUAGAAGCAUUUUCCCCUUCGUAUUUAGAUCCUGAAUUUUCAUCUCUCCGACCAGCAAUCCAAUUCCCAAUUUCCCCGGCGAAGGUCCGCCAUGGACAAGCAUUGAAGGUGGGCUUCACAGUCCCCGGAAAAGUCGCCCCGACAAAGGUGUCGGUGACGAUUCUGUCGCCGGCGUUCAACACUCAUUCAUUCUCCAUGAAUCAGAGGGUGUUGAAUCUGGGGAGCAGGGCGUUUAGACUUAGAGGGAGUUCGAAAUAUGAAGUUGAAGUUACAAUUCCGGGAUCACUUAACGUUGCACCGUCGGGGUAUUAUAUAUUAUACGUCGUUCAUCAGGAAAUUCCGAGCGAGGGAAUUUGGGUGCAAAUUGCUUGACAUCAAAUCCGCGUGCUUCAGUGCUUUGGCUCAAAUAUAUUUUCAUUUGUGCUUUGAUUUUUAAUUGUCAAUACUUAAUAUACACAAGGAGAAAUUGAAUUGUUUCUCAAGUAAAUAAACGUCGUUUGUUUCACAGAUCAUCGUAGGAAGGGGCGUGGAUUUGUAAAUUUGGUCGGAAGUAAAUAUUUUGAAUAAUAAUAGCUUAAAUUAUGAUUGGUGUUCACCUUA